GACAGUCAAUUCAGAACGGUUGCGUGUUGAACAAACGACAACAGCGAACACAACAAAUAACAAAAAUAAAUGAAACAACAUCAGAAAACUCGAAGUACGGAGUUUUUGUCAAAAAGUCAACAAAUCCAUCUAUCUUGGAUUUGUGAAGAACAAAAAAUUGUGUAUUUUGUGUAUCUUGGAUUAACAUUUUGUCACUUUUAUCGGCGUGACACUUAGACAAUUUGUUACAUUGUUGUGGCAAAUGAUGGUCAAUGAGAUUUCUUUGGCGAUCGGCACAAGUGGAACGCAACAGAGACAAUAAACAAUUCUCUUAUAUAUUUUUUUCGUGUGUUCAAUGUAUGCAAGUGUAUGUAGUGUAUUGUGAUCGAAACCCGGCGACAGACACCAAUCGAUUGACAACCAAUUCGAUCAGCUUAAAGUGAAAUUUGGUGCCAAUUGAAUGUGAAACUGAUUUCAGUUUUCAGGCAUACAAUCCACGCUCAGUGAAAGAGAGUGUCCAAAGUGUUCAUCCAUACUAUUUGGCAUUUGUAAAUCAUUUGCGCCGAUUUUUUUUAUUGAUUUUGUCUACGCCGAAUAACAGCAACAACAAAAAUUCACUGACACACCGUUAAUCUUCCGUGAAUAAUUAAGCAUCCAAAGUUCUUAAUUUGUAUUUAAUACGGCACAACCUUUUCGUUAUUUACAGAAGACGAAAAAAAUAGUUUUUUGUUGACACGCAAUUACGCAAUGCAAUCGUAUUCCAAACCAAAACAAAGUAUAUAAGUGAAAAGUUCAUAGUUUUGAAUUCACAGUCAGUGAACGAAUUUGUCAAAGUUGCCGUUUUUUUUGUGUGUGUGUGUGUAGUGUGAAAACAAUUUUUGUCUAGAUUUUUGUGGCCUGUUUAUACUGAUAAUGAACGAACAUUGUGCAGUUUGCAGUCUCAAAGAAUUUUGCAUUCGUUGGCAGUUUUGACACGACAUUGUGUUCAAAGUGUAAUUUGAACUGAACAAUAAUUUUUGUUGUCAAAGUGCGACAAACGACAAACUAUACAUGCAUAUUGUGAACAAUCAUUUCAAUUUCGCAGCAGCAUCUCGUCAUCACGCGAUCGACUAAAAAAAACGCCAGCAACGGUAACCAUAUCACCGAUAUCGACUUUUUGUGUGUGCUGAAUGUGUGUGAAACAAGCGCAAAGUGAAAGAGAAACCAUUGAAUUGAAUCACCAUCGUCAAACGUGAUAUCACCGUGAGCGAGUGUAACAAACAAACACGUCGACAACGAUAUCCGUUACCGAUCGAUCGAUCGGUGUUUAUGUGUGAAAUAACAACAAAACGAUUGCAAAAGAAUUCCAUUUAAAAAAAAAAGUGCGAAAAAAGUACGAAAGCUCUUUUGUUUUCAUUUUGAAAUGUGGUAAAGAACGUACAGUCUUCAAUCAGUCUUAAUCUUAAUCGGUCACUUUAUUGUUUUGUUAUAGAGUUUUUUUUUGUUUUUUUCGUGUUUAAAUUGUUUGUUUUGUUUGUGUUAUCACAUUUCGGUCUUUUUUAUCGGUUUCACGAGCAAAAUCGUGAAAACGCAUUUGGAAAUGUGCAUUUUGUGGCGAUAACGCAACUUUUACAAAUUCAAAACCGAUCAAUCGAUCUUUUAUGAGUGCUUCAAUUGCCAAUUUGCAUCGUGUUCUUUGAAAUUGAAUUGUUUUCCACAUAAAUUUUGCGAAUGCGAGAAUCAGUGUCCAAAAUGGUGACGGCCGGUUUGCAAGCGCUUGAAUUCACCGAUUGUCUGCUGGACAGUCCGGAUUUUCGCGAAAAUCUCAACAAACAUGAAAAGGAACUGGAAAAGACCAGCACACAAAUCAAACGGAUUAUCAAAGAAGUGAAAGAUUUACUUGCAGCCGCUAAAAAUUUAUCACGUGCCCAACGUCAGUUGUCAAAGAGUUUGGACGAAUUUAAUUUUGAAUGCAUCGGAUCCACACAAACCGAUGACGAACAAGUGAUUGUCAAUAGUCUUAAACAGUUUAGUAAAUUGAUUGCUAACAUCGAAGAUGAACGUGAUAACAUGUUGGACCAGGCUCACGCUCAAAUCGUGGUGCCGUUGGAGAAUUUUCGGAAGGAUCGAAUUGGCGGCGUUAAAGAGCAUAAAAAGAAGUUUGACAAAAAGACGGGAAAGUUUUGUCAGGCACAAGAGCGAUUUUUGAACAUGUCUUCAAAGAAACCGGACAACACAAUACAAGAGGCGGACGCCAGCCUGGGAAUGUUGGAACGAGAAUACUUACGCGAAUCGUUAAGCUAUGUGUUGGCCAUACAAGAUGUACAGGAACGUAUUAAAUUUGAAUUUGUUGAAACGCUACUUGGUUUUAUGUCCGGAUGGUUAGUGUUCUAUCAUUUGGGACAUGAAAUUGCCGAAGACGCUAAAGAAUAUAUGACCGAUUUACAACAUAAAGUUCAAAAGACGAGGGAAAACUUCGACGAAACCCGCAUGAAAGCUGAAGAAUUGAAAGCAAAAUACAUGGAUAGUAAAAUGAAACCAGAGACCGAGUUCACAAAACAGGGAUAUCUAUUUCUAAUGGAAAAAAGUAAAUUAAAGGCCUUUACAGCAACAUGGUCAAAAUUCUAUUGUACAUACAAAAAGCAGCAGAAACUGUUUUCAAUGUUGCCAUACAAUCAAAUAUCGGGAAGAACAGAACAGCCGCCAGAAACAUUGACACUGACAACGUGCACCCGACGUGCAUCAGACUUUGAGAAACGGUUUUGCUUUGAUUUAACUUUCGAACAAAAACCAGGCGUUACAUUCACAUUUCAAGCGUUAAGCGAAGAAGAUCGCAAGGUCUGGUUAAAUGCAAUGGAUGGCAAAGAACCGACAUAUUUAGCACCGGGCAAAUCGAAAUCAAAUGAAGAAUAUUUAUUGGACGAUGUUGGAUUUGCGUUUGCCCGUAAAUGCAUCGAAAUAAUGGAGGUGCGUGGACUGGAAGAGGAAGGUCUGUAUCGUAUCGGCGGUGUAAAUACAAAAAUAACGAAAUUGCUGACACUUGGCAUGGACCGUAAUAAGACUGAAAAGGAACGAUUGCAAUUCUUUCACGAUGAGCAACAUUCUGAUUUACUCGAGACCAAAACCAUUGCCAGUGCUUUAAAACAUUAUUUACGGAAUUUAAAUGAACCGUUGAUGACAUAUCGAUACCAUAAUGGAUUCAUUGCAGCAGCGAAACAAGAAACCCGAAUCCAGAGAAUCAGCGAUGUACAUACACUAGUUUAUCGGCUACCCAAAGUCAAUUUCGAGAUGCUCGAAAUCAUAAUUCGCCAUUUAAAAGCUGUGUCAAUGAAAUGCCAUAAGAAUAAAAUGUCCGUAUUCAAUUUGGGUGUGGUGUUUGGCCCGACGUUAUUGCGUGCGGCUGAAGAAACAUUAGCUGCCAUCCUCGAUAUCAAAUUCAACAAUGUUGUCAUUGAAAUUUUGAUUGAAAAUUAUGAUUUGAUAUUUAAAACGUCGCCGGGUAAGGCGAGCGAAUAUUUGUCACAUGCCCAAACAAGUCCACCAGAGCCAGUGCCACGAACAUACGGUGGCUAUCGUUCGAAUCGUAAUUCAAUCAAUAAUACACAGCCAUUGAUGCGUGUGGUGACCCGUGUAAAUUACACAGACACUGGAAUGUCAUCGAGUUUACAGAACAUUCCGAAUGGUGCAAACAGCAUUUAUCAAAAUUCCAACAAUAAAAUCGUUAAAAAUCAUCAUCCGAUUUAUGAGGCAAAACCAACGCACAUCAAUCAAUUGAAUCAAUCGACACCGUCGUUGGCCGGUCGUGAUGUAAACCACAUCAUUGCACCCACACGCGAAUUGAGCAUUGGCCGUGAUAAUGGCAGUGGCCUGAAUUAUUUGACAUCUUCGUCGCCGAAUUCAAAUCAUUUGAGCCAAUCGCCAAUUCAUCGAAGCGGUAACAGCAGCUUAAGCAGUAGCAUUCAUCAUGAACAAUCGAUAUCACCAUUGCAAUCAAAUCAUAUUAACAAUCGUGAUAAGCUAUUGAAUAGCAGUCGUGAAAAUUCAACAUCGCUUAGCCGAACGCCCGAUUCAGUUUAUGUACAACUUCAGUCGCAGCGAUUAAACGCACUGAAUUACAGUGAAAAUAAUUUGGUGAAUCCAGUGUCGUCGGUCAUUGAUCGCAUCAAUUCGACAAGCAGUUCGAAUGAAUCAGUAUGCUCCACGUCGUCUUUGAAUCAUUCGUAUACAAGGCAACCGCCAACAUCACAACAGCUCAAACAUUUACAAACAAGUGGCAGCGGAGGCGGUGGCCAAAUGCAAACCGUUCAAGCAACCACGUUACCUAGUUACAUGGAUUACAACAGCAAAUCCAACAAUUAUGACACUAGUCAAAGCUAUAUGCCGAAAAAGACACAACGCACCAAGGACAUUGCACGCCAACGAUACAAUUCGCCGAGGGAUAAUGUGCGCGUUCGAACAUUAUAUGCAUGCAUGGCUGAAAAUGAUGGAGAACUUUCGUUUGAACCAAAUCAAAUCAUUACAAAUGUUCGUCAAUCAAAUGAGCCGGGCUGGUUGGAUGGCACAUUGAAUGGAAAAUCGGGUCUAAUACCUGAAAAUUAUGUCGAAGUCCUAAAAUAAUAAUAAACAAGCGCACGUACCAUCCAAUGGUCAAUGUCUUUUUGUCAAGUCAAUGUUGAACGACAACACCAAUAUAAAUAAAUCCAAAAAAAAAAAACAAAUGGAAAAA